UACAUAAACAAUAGCUGUACGAGUAGACAUCAAAUUGCUUUCAACUCGGACUAAACCGAUUCAGAUAAAAAAAAAAUUGAAUAGUCUUUUGAGUAAAUCGCUCGAAAGCGAUAAAAAAAAAAUUGAUAAUCAAGAGCUGAUUUAAUUUUUAAAUUAUUUAAACCGAUAAUCCAACUGUGGAUCGAUUCAACUAUGGAAUCAGUUUCCUAAACUGCUCAAAAUCCUAUACAACAAAUAACAAACACAAAAGUUAUAAUGAAAAUCCAAGAAAAUAAAAAUUCAAAAUAUAAUCGAUUUCUUUCGUGAUUUUUUAUUUUUGGUUAGAGAAUCAUUCGUAAGAGCGUUUGGUUUUGAUUUUGUUGUAAGGUUGAGUGAGGAAAAUAAAGAUAAAUAUAAAAAUAAAAAUUUCCCUUUACAUUGAUUUUAUUCUUCUUCAUCAACCUUCUCAACAAUCCCACAACUCCCAAUUUUUCUUCAUUUUUUUUCCCUAAAACGUUCCUACGUAUAUUUCUUGAUCUGUUAUUAUUUUUGGAGCUUAAAAAUCUGAUCAUCAUCAUCAUCGAACGACCUCAUGGCCACCACUGCAAACAAGACCAUCAAUGCUAAAAUAGUUCUACUUGGGGAUGUUGGAACUGGAAAAUCUAGUCUUGUGUUGCGCUUCGUUAGGGGCCAAUUUGUCGAAUUUCAGGAAUCAACUAUUGGUGCUGCAUUUUUCUCCCAGACGUUGGCGGUGGAUGAUGCAACUGUAAAGUUCGAGAUUUGGGAUACGGCCGGUCAAGAGCGGUACCAUAGCUUGGCACCAAUGUAUUACAGAGGAGCUGCGGCUGCAAUUAUCGUUUACGAUAUAACAAAUCUCGCAUCAUUUGAGAGAGCUAAAAGAUGGAUUGAAGAACUUCAAGCACAAGGCAAUUCUGAUAUGGUAAUGGCACUUGCUGGGAACAAAGCUGAUUUACUGGAUGCAAAGAAUGUGGAAACGGAGGAAGCAAAAACUUAUGCUCAAGAGAACGGCCUUUUCUUCGUGGAAACUUCUGCCAAGACUUCGUCCAACGUCAACAACAUUUUCUACGAAAUAGCGAAAAGGAUACCUCGAGUGCAGCCGUCACAAAAUCCCGCCGGAAUGGUUCUCAUGGAUAGAUCUGCAGAGCAAACAGCAAGGGCAUCUUGUUGCUCGUAUUAGGCGACCCAAAGUCAAGAUCGAGUAUCAUAUAUGAAUAUGCGUUCAACAAGGGUAUGUUUAAUUUUUAAAACUUUUGUUUCUUCCAUAUAUUAAAGGCUUGUACUUCAUACUAAGUUUAAAUAUAUGGCGGACACAAGUAUUUUAGAGAAGAUGAAAUAGUAGUGCUUAUAAAAUUUAGUUUCUCAUUUAUGUACCGAUUCAUUUCGGAAUUGUACAUGCUUAGAGGUUUUUGGGGUUGGAGAGCGGGUUUUACUUGCAAGUUCCAUAUAUUCCUGACUUACAUAUUCAAAUAAGAAAUGCCAUUUUUCCUCUUUCUAUAA